CGACCCGCGCGAGGCUCCCCGUUCGCUCGCUCUCGGAACAGGCGAGCCGAGUUUCCCUCCACGGCGCCGCGACGCAUCGACCCCGACGCAUUGAGGUACCAUGGAGGUUGCCGACUCCGAGCUCAAGCCGCUGUACCAGUGGGUCGACGAGAUCCCGCUGUCGCGGCCGAAGCGAAACAUCGCGCGCGACUUCGCCGACGGCGUGCUCGUCGCCGAGGUCAUCGCGCACUUCUACCCGCGGCUCAUCGAGCUGCAUAACUACAGCAGCGCCAACGCGAUGACGCAGAAGAUGUACAACUGGCAGACCCUGAACCAGAGGGCGCUGCGCAAGCUGGGAUUCCAGAUCCCGCUCCAGGACGUGCAGGACUGCUGCAACAACAAGGCGGGCGCGAUCGAGCGCGUGCUGAAGCUCUGCAAGUACAAGAUGGCGGAGUUCCAGAGCAAGCACGGGGUGAAGGGCCCCGGGCCGGACGCGGGCGCGAAGACCGACAAGACCUCCGCCGCAAACGCCGUCUCCCCGGGGGUGCUCAAGCCUCAGAAAACCAACGCGCAGCCUGGUGGGGGCUACGCGCCCGCGCCCGCGCCGGUGAAGGAGGGCAUGGUGCCCAUCGUGUUUCAGAGCGCCGAGCCCGCGGAGAUGACCCGCGAGGAGAAGAUGAAGGCGUACGCGCGGGCGCAGGACAAGGGCAUCAAGGGCUUCGCCGCGGCGGACCCGGCGACGGCGACGGUCACCGGCGGGUUGCCGCAGAGCAACGCCGCCGCCGACAACAACGCGAGGAUCGUCAAACACCGCGACGGGACGAUCGAGGUGGACGGCAAGACGUACCGGCCGCAGCUGCCGCCGACGCUCGAGGCGAAGAUGAAGAUGGAGAUACCCGCGGAGGUGCUCAAGCACAAGGACGCCGUCAUCGCGGAGCUCAAGGAGACGAACGACAUCCUGGAGACAAAGUCGCGGAAGCUGGAGCAGCUCGUCCGCCUGAAGGAUGCGAAGAUUCAGACGCUGCUGACCAAGCUGCAGGCGCUGACGGGGGGUAACCUGGUGGUCGCCGCGCCGCCGCCGCCGCCGAGCUCGAGCGGUGGGAGCAGCCAGCGGGGGAGUCGACCGGGGACGGGGGGCGCGCCGGAACCCUUGUGAUGAUGGGGUGCCAGACGCGUGUGUAAGAAAACUCGAGACAAAAAUCC